AUGGCCUCGGGCAUGCACUACGCCCACUGCGGCGCCAACGACGGCUGCAAGCUCGCCUUCCAGUCCUCCCUGCCCCUCUCCGGCGCCGCCUCCGCCACCAAGUGCGUCCUCCUGAUGCACGGCUUCAGCGGCUCGAGCGCCUACUUCCACCGCAACUUUGACGCCCUCGUCGCCGCCGGCCUCUGGGUCGUUGCCCCGGACAUGCGCGGCCACGGCUCCUCCGACCGCACGCGCGGCGGCUACCACGUCGCCCGUCUCGCCGCCGACCUGCGCGACCUGGUCGCCCACCUGCGCCGCGCCGCCCCCGACGUCGCCAUCGUCCCCGUCGGCUGCUCCAUCGGCGCCGCCGUGCUCUGGACCUACGUCGAGCUGUUCGGCGCCGCCGCCGACUUUGCGGGUUUUGUCUUCGUCGACCAGGCCCCGCUGCAGGACCGCUCGCCGUUCGACGGCUGGGACGAGAGCAGGGCGCACACGGGGUGCUACGACGAGCGGACCAUGCUGGCCGCGCAGCGGUUCUGGAUCGACGACCCGGCGGCCGCCCACGUCGACCUCGUCGACGGCUGCCUCGGGUACCGCGCGAAGCCCAGCCCGGACGACGACGUCUCGCCCGAGACGAGGAGGCGGGACGAGGACUUCUUCACGGGCAUCAGCGCGCUGUGCGACCAGACGUGGCUGGCGAGGCUGUUGGCCGACCACACGCGGUACGACCAUCGCGAGGCCAUUGAGACCAUCAGCGUGCCGACGCUCGUCAUGGCGGGGCGGAGGUCCGGGUGUUUCCCGCUCGAGGGCAUGCUCGAGACCGUCCGGCGGGUGGAGAAGAACCGGCCCGGCCUGGCGAGGGAAUCCGUCUUCGAGUCCGGGCACUGGCUGUUCUACGAGCAGCCGGAGAGGUUCAACAGAGAGAUUGCCGAGUUCGUGGACAAGUGCACCACCAACUGA